AAGAUGAAAAUGAAGACAAUAUGCAGAGCAAGGAAAUGACGUGGAAGGAAGCGCACGAUGAACUGCAAACUUUCAUAAGGUUUGCCAAGAAAUGUGCACCUUUGUUAGCAGAUGGUGUUAUGAUGUUACAUAAAGCGAAUUUUUAAAAUUCCGGGGACAAUGCGGGGACUGUGGGGACGUAGGCAGAUAUUGAAGUUAUAUGUCAUUACACUAAAAUAUUCAUAAGUUUCAUGUGUCAUGCAAGGUAAUUUUAAAAAGUUAAUUUUUUUAAUAUAAUAACUUCUGAGUGUGUUUUAAAAACAGAUCCAAGGGACUUUCAUUGCAUCAUAAAGCCUGAACAGGUAACUUCUAGAGAUAAUAUAUUCACUUAUCCGAAAAAAUCUCUUAUCCAGAAUCGGGGGAGCGUCCGUCAUUAAACGAAAUGCAUUUUAAAGUAGCUGUUGCACAGUAUCUACCGUUCCUGCAGCUUCAUGAGAAUAAUGGCAGUACAACUAUGUCUGGAUCACUAGCUGAAGCUCUCGAUGUGCUGGCUCGACGCUUAAAUUUCACGUACACAUUACACAGAGUUCUGGAAGACGCAUGGGGUGUAAAAGGACCAAACGGAUGGACAGGAAUGUUAGGAAUGUUAGAGAGAAACGAAGUUGACUUGGCAUUAGGUCCAUUUUCACUGUCAUUUAGCCGGUGGUCUUCAUUUCCGAUGUCGCUGCCCAUGUACGUGGACAACGUGCAAAUUUUAGCACCAUCGUUUCAAUGGGAACUAGAAUUAUUCAGUAUGGUCAAGAUAUUCAACUCUAGU